UUCCAGAAGCGUCGAGGAAGCAAGAUGGCGGAUUUCGGGUCGCGGCUGGGCCUGGAUUGACGAUCGUCACAAAAGAUUUACGUCACAAAGCGAAAAAACAACGUUAUGUCUUCUAAAUGAGUGUCUAUGAGGAGUGAAUCUUAAAGAAACCAAACAUAAUGUAUGAGCAGGGUAAUACCACCGUGAUCAAUGAUCAGCUGAUCCUAGAGGAGGAUUAUGAUGAAAAUUACCAACCAAGUGAAGAAGAAAUAUUUGAAUAUGCACAGAUAAUAGGGAUUGAUCCUAAAACAGAGCCCCAUUUGAUCUACAUAGCCAGGGAGGGGAUCAGUGCCCCCCUACCGGACCACUGGAGACCAUGUCAAGAUCCCAAGGGAGAUAUUUAUUACUUUAACUUUGCCACUGGGGAGAGUAUCUGGGACCACCCUUGUGAUGAGUUCUACAGACGGAUGGUCAUGGAGGAGAGAAAGAAACUGGCCAUGAACAGAGGAGGCGCUCCUUCUCGUGGUGGUCAGCCAGGAAAUAAUGCAGCAGGUUCAAAGAAAGGGAAAGGAGGCAAAGCAGAUGGAGGGAAGAAAAAAGACAAGAAAAAUAAAGCUGCAGAGAAGCUUGGUCCAUUGAAAGCUGAGCAGAGUAAGGGGAUUCCUUCUAUGCACAGAAACUCAAGUCUGGACUCAAUGAAAUCUUCCACAGGCCAGUUAGCUCCCCUGAGGGGGUCAGCAGGAAAUAGUCAACCCUCUAAGAGUUCAUCUUCUGUGAAAUCCAGUCUGAACACUACGGGGUCCCUGAAGUCUAACAACCCCAACAUGCUCAGUAAGAGUGGGAACCUGACCAGCAGCAUGAGUAUCCCCAUCUACUCCACCGAGUACGAAGAGGACGAGAUGGAACGACCGCGGAAUGAUCUCGAUGCUCACGAUCUCGCCAUGCUGGGAUACCAGGAGUCAGAAGAAGGGAGUGAUAAACUGAAGAUUGAAACAGAAUCAGAAGACAGUGAAGAUUAUGGCAAAGAUAUUGAUUUUGGGAUUGACAAGAACCUGUCAGAGAGAAUAAUGGACAUGGCCAUAGAGAACUUGGAUCCUGUCCGAGGCUCCCUAGAGAAGGAUUUUGAAGGCACCAUGUCUGCAAUGUCCACCGCCAGAGUAGAGUCCCCUGGGGGCAAGAUCAGCCCUCUGGAUAGAAUGGAGGAAGAGAGACGAAGAAGAGCAGAAAUGGCUGCCAGUGCUGCAGAAAGGCGACUUAUAACUCAGGAUGGUUAUCAAUCUUAUGAAAAGAAGUCCGAUUUUCGAGAGGAGGAAAACCAAUUGCGUGUCAGUAAUGACCGGUCCAUAAGAGAACUCCAGGACAAACUUCUGAGCGAGCUAGAGAGCAAAAAGCUGGAGCUCCUAGAGGAGAAAGAUGCCAAAAUAAGGAAACUACAGGAUGAAAUUAAGAGAGAGUUGGCUGAGGAGGAGAGAAGAAUAAUGAGAGACAAGGAGGACCAAGUCAAGGAACUAGAGACUAAAGUAAAAGAGGAAUUAGAUAGACUGCAAAGAGAAUUAAGAGACAAAAAUAGUGACCAGAUUAAAACACUGCAAGAGCAGAAUGAUCAAGAACAGCAAGAAAAAGAGUCAGAGAUUCGGAAGCAGAUGGAGUCAGCCCUGGAGAAAUUGAGGAAUGAGGUGGGGUCUCUACAGAGAGAGGAGCAGACCAAGCUGGAGGAGGAGAAGAAAAAGUGUCUGGAGAGGCUACAGCAACAGGUUGAAACUGCUACAGCAAGUGAACAGAAGAGACUUGAAAAUCAAAAGCAGGAAGCCAUAGAAAGCAUGCAGUCCAAACAGAAGUAUGAGCUGGAAAACAUAAAGGAGGAUCUGGAGAGAAAACAUAGAGAGAAGCUGGAUAGGAUGAGGACAGAGCAGUCAGAGAAACAUGAUGAGGAGAUAAGGAGAAUAAAGGAUGAGAUAAAACGCCUACAGGAGCAGGAGCGAGAACAGAAGGAACAGGAGCUAGAGAUGGCUAGGCAGAGGCAGAAGGCCAUCGAUGAUCUAGACAGAGGGUUGGAUGAGGUGUUAUCAGAGAGGCGGCAUGAGAUCAAACAGCAACAACAGAAGGAGCUGUCCAGACUUCAGGAGGAACAUUCCACCCGACUACGCAAAAUACGCCAGGAUUAUGAGGAACAGGAAGGGGAUGAGAAGAAACUUCUAGAGGAGAAACUGGAUGCAGAUAAGAAGAAAAUGCAGAAACAGUACGAAAAGGAUUCUGAUGACAUCCGCCGAAAUUACGAACGCAAGAAAGAAUCUCUAUCAGAACAGUUAGAGGAUGAGGAAGAAGAGUUCCAGGACAGAAGAGCUGAACUAGAGAGGAAAAAGAUGCAAGUGGAGAAGGAAUUCAAAAACUUAGAAUCACAGGAAAGAAAAUUAGAAGAAAAGAGGAAGCAGUUCCGAGAGAAUACAGCAAGUUUUGACCGGGAACAAGAUGAAGCCUUUGGCAGUAGGACCAGCAAUCUGAGUGCUAAGGAACUGGAGAGAAUGAAGGAGGAGAGACGACAGUACCAGGAGGAGAUCCGACAGGAGCGAGAGGAACUCGACCAACUGAAGGCCGAAAAACGGGCACUAGAGGAGGAGGUCACAAAACUCAAAAUGAACAAAGAACAGCUCACUCGAAAACUUCGUGACUUAAAGGAUAGGAUAGACAAGAAAGGUAAAGAUAUUGAUCAUCUGAACCAGAAAAUCAUUGACGCUGCAGAGGAGACAAAGUCCAUGGCCGAGGAGAGAAUGAGAGCCACCCACACGAUAAGGCGACCCCCACAUCAUGUCAGGCUAGACAGUGUAGAGGCAGAGGAGGAUCUCAUCAGUGAUAUUCCAGAGAGGCAGCAUAGGAAGAAAUUCAGCUUUGCUGAGGAUAGAACUGAUGAUGAUGAUAUUUCUUCCAUGACUGGCAAAUACUGGCAGGAUCUUCUCACAGAGGAAGACAGCAUCUUUGAAAACAUUCCAAUAGAGAAGCAGAACUAUGGGGAAGUGAAAGUUCAGAUUGCCAAAGAGAAUGAUUCAAUACUAAUGGCCAAAGAAUUCCUCAGGAAGCAGAGACAAUCACUGAAGAGGAGACAUGCAGCUCUGUUGGCAGCCAAGCAGGAGCUGAUGAAGGACGUCAUCAAGCAGAAACAAGGGAACACAUUUGAUUCGCCCUCUAAUCAGUCCCAGGGGCAUGUGCGAUUUAACCUCCCCUCAGAUAGUCCCCACGUCCUGGAGGAGGUGAAGCAGAAGUUAGAAAAGGAAUCCAUGGACAUCGAUCACAUGGAAUCACAGGUCAAAACAGGUUCCCGUCUCGUCAAGGAGAAGGAGAGGCGAGUGAGGCAGAUGAGUAGCAAGCUCAAUAUUGAGUCUGGCAGUGAAGAGGAGUAUUCUCCCUUUGAGCACCAUUGGCGACCAGCCAAGAUUCCCAACUGUGACUUGUCUGAUGAUGAAAGCAGUGGAGUUAGUAGCACAGACAACAGUCUGGAUAAUGUCCUUAAAGCCUUACAGAAGCAGAAUGCUAGAAUACAGAAUGGUACCCCUCUGAUGUCCACAUUGCGGUCUGAGGGAGAUCCCAUUGCUCAAUCCCUACAAAGGAUUAACUCUGAUUUGGCCAAAGUAAUCACAAUGAUCGGAAGCAAUGGAAACAACAGUCUGCAGGGAACCAAUGAGAAACCUGGGAACUAUGUACCUAUAUAUGCCCCCUCAGCCCCACCCAGUUUGUUAGGGAGUACAGUUCCUGCUUCUCCAAUUCAGGCCUGGACAACAACCAAUCCCUACAUACAAAAUCCUCAGCACAAAAUAGACUACUCCACCCUAGUAAUGAAUGCAGAGCAAUCUCUAGAAAGAAAAUGGAGAAAGUACUUUGGAGAUCGCCGCCCACCUCUUACUAGUGCUGUGCCAGGAACCUUCACGAUUUCCUCAGGGCCUGUACCAGUCAGAGAACAGCUCAGACAGUAUCGCAUCAGUCUCCACCAGCAGUUACCACCCUCCAGCACCACUCAGGAUAAACUGGCCGAGCAGAAGGAGUGGCUCAGAAAGUUUGGUCAGGACUUAAACCUGGGCUCCUCAUUUAUCCACCCCCCACAGUCGGAUCAGGGCUCAAUAGACAGCCUCAUGCUCUGUUCCCAGGUAAAUGACACAGAACCACUGUCAUCCACGCCUCAGCGACGACCGUCUGUCCCUGGAGUCACUCGACUGGAACUGGAUGAAAAUGAUGAGAUAAGAGUCAGGCAUUUCUAGGACUGUCAAAAUACUGCAUGAAAGGUGAACUAAGAUAGCAUCGUAGCUGUAUGUACCUGGUACCUAUGUUCAGUGCUAGUGAUUGCAGAAAACUGGGUGAAACUUGUUUCAAGUUUGUAGAACAUUGCAAUGCACAUACAAAUUUGUAUUAAGUAAAAGAGAAUGUAUCUAUUUUUUGAAGAGUGGAUGUUAUGGGGUUUUUUUUGUACCAUGAUAGUUUUGCAUCUCUUUUGAAAGCAAUAUUUUGAGUGAGACAGAAAAUCUGUGUCAGAAUUAAGUUUGAGAAUAAACUGGACAGAAUUUGUAAAAAUGAAAGAGAAAAAAUCAUGAUGUUGAUGUAAGUAGAAGUAAGGUAUAAAAGAAGACAGUUCCAUUGUGUUCACAAUGUCCGCAUAGAUUUAUGUAAAGCACUGGACUUUUGGAAGAAUGGAUAUACAUAGUUAGAUAUACAUGUAUGAUGAUCUGUUUUGUAGACGGUUGUAGCAUGGAUAAAACGUGUAUUCUUUUACACAUAGAUUUUUCACAAUGGCAGGAAUAUUCAUACUUGUGUGUUCAUUUUAUCAUUGCCAUUUUGUCUUCAGCAUGUUUAUCAUUUGUAGCAUCCUUCUCACUUGUAAUUGAGGUUUCAACUGAUGUAUAUUUAAUACCAUGUAUGGAAACUGGGUUCAUUUCAACGAAAUUUGAAUAUUCCUUCCGUCCGGCACAGUUAUCCGACACAGCCUUAUACACUGAGUAUUUCAUAUCAAGAGUCUGCAUUGUGAUUUAUCCCACCAUUUGUAUUCUUCCAUGAAUAUGUUUAUGUGUUAUACAUGUAUUCUCAUAUUCAGCAUUAGAACUGUUAACAGUGUAUGAUGUUUACAUUUAUCGGAGCCAGAGACCCAACAGACCUUUUCUGAUCAAAGUUGGUUAAUAGUCUGGUAUUGAAAGCUUUUACAUUUCUUUAUUAUUAUGUUAUUAUUUUUUUAACUUCAGGUCCAGUUGCAACUUAACUUAGUUCAAUGCAUCCUUGAGUGAAUGCAAGUUCAUUAUUCAGGGGCCAAGUCUUAUUUUCAGAGGCUAUGUUAUGAAAAGAUAAUAAAAACAGGAUUAGGGGGGAAAAAUUCUAAAAGCCUACCGUAAUUGAAUAUGCAGAUAUCCCCAAUCCUUCCCUUCUGGUCUUGAAUAAUACUAUGAUAGGAGAGUUUACCAGAUAUUAAAAAAAUAUAUAAUAUCUUUGGAGCUGUUAUGGAUUGAAAGUGUAGAAAAAAAAAAUUAAAAUUUACAAUCCUGGAAUGCAUUUCCAAGGAUGGAAUUUAAAAUUAAAUGUCUACAUAGGAUGAUAAUUAAGAGGAUAUAGUGUAGGAUUCAAAGCUUGAAAUGAAUGCAGUAGACAUCUUGAAGCUAAAUUUGCACUUUUGAUGCCUGUUUACCAAAGAUUUGGGCUACAUGAGUUUUUAUUACUGGUAGUCAAAAAUUCUUGCUAACAGAACCAGGUGAGUGUUGUGGUCCUGGGUACAUUGUAAGAAUUUGUCCUUAUCUGAAAAAUAAGAAAACAUGCUCAAAGGUUGUGUAAAAAUCAGCCUUGCAAUUUUUUUUAGUAAAAAUGGUUGUACGAAAGGAAAGAUAUUAAAAGGAAAGAUAUUGCAAGUGUUAGGUCAAAAUAGACCAAUAUUUUUGAUUGUACAAUAGAUAAGAGUGCUGUUUUAUUUAUAACUCUAAAACUCUGUGAUAGAAUGUUGUUAAUUAUCAUGAAAUCUCAUUUGUUAUGACAAUAAAUAUAUUAUAGCAAACUA